GACAAGUACGUACAUCAACCUAGAGUCACAGAGAUCGAGUAAGAUGCCAAAUCUCCUGCAAAUGGUGGAACUGAAACUGAAUGAAACCUUCUCGAUCUUGCUUCAACCCCUUUCUCUCAAAUAUAUACUACUUCUCCCCAUUUUUCUCAUUCUCUUGUACAGAUGGUCCUCUUAUACCAACUCAUCAUCAAUUUCAGUACCACCAUCUCCACCGAAGCUACCAGUGAUCGGAAACCUCCACCAGCUAGGUUUACUCCCUCAUCGCUCUCUUCAAACCUUAGCGCAACGACACGGACCUGAUCUGAUGCUACUUCAUUUCGGAAGCAGGCCUGUCCUUGUGGUCUCGUCGGCCGAGUUUGCCUCCGAGAUCUUCAAAUCCCAUGACAUCGCAUUCUCUGACAGACCCAAGCUUAUCUUCUUCGAGAAGGUUGUCAAGUACAAGGACAUUGUAUCGGCGCCUUAUGGCGAGUACUGGAGGCAGGUGAGAAGUGUUUGUGUCUUAAACCUUUUGAGCAACAGAAGGGUUCGUUCUUUUCGUGCCGUGAGACUAGAGGAAAUGAAACUCAUGAUAAGCAACAUAGCACAGUCUUGUACAAUGACAUCUUCCUCAUCCUCAUCAACAUCGCCGGUUUUGAAUUUAAGCGAAAUGUUUCUGAAGCUCACUAAUGACGUCAUUUGUAGAGUUGCUAUGGGUAGGAAGUACAGCGAUUGUGGGGAAGGUCGUGGGAGGAUGUUUAUGGAGCUUUCUGUAGAGCUGACAGAGUUCUUCACAAGGUUCAAUAUUGGUGACUAUAUCCCAUGGCUUGCUUGGUUCACCCGAGUGAAUGGUUUUGAUGCAAAACUAGAUGACCUGGCUAAACGGGUGGAUGCCUUUAUUGAUAUGGUUAUUCAAGAGCAUAUGGAUAAAUCAAACAAUGGAAACGAUGAUGGCAUGAAUAAUGAUAAUGAGGACGAAAAGGAUUUGGUGGAUGUUUUGCUUUCAGUUCAAAAAGAAACUGCAGUUGGUUUUCCUAUUGAUCGAGUUAGCAUAAAGGCUAUUAUCCUGGAUAUAUUUACGGGUGGCACUGAUACUACGUAUACCGCCCUAGAGUGGACAAUGUCUGAACUUUUAAAAAAUCCAACGGCGAUGAAGAAACUACAGAAUGAAGUUAGGGGAAUGGUUGGAAAUAAAAAGGACGUAACAGAGGAUGAUUUGGCUGGAAUGCACUACUUGAACGCAGUCAUCACGGAAACUUUUCGCUUACAUCCUCCAUUUCCAUUACUAUUGCCUAGGAUGUGCAACCAAGAUGUGAAAAUAAAGGGCUAUAACAUUAAGGCUAAUACACAUGUUAUGGUUAAUGCAUGGGCACUCGGAAGAGAUCCCAAGUCAUACACAAAUCCAGAACAGUACAAGCCAGAAAGGUUCUUGGACAGUGUCAUAGAUUAUAAAGGGAAUAACUAUGAAUUAAUUCCAUUUGGUGCUGGCAGACGAGGUUGCCCUGGAAUUCAGUUUGCUAUAGUCGUUGAAGAGCUUGUUUUAGCAAAUAUUGUACACAAGUUUGAUUGGGCUCUGCCUCAUGGUGCGACAACGGAAGACCUAGACAUGACUGAAACCACAGGUUUAACCGCACAUAGAAAGUAUCCUCUUAUGGCAGUUGCUACACAAUUCGAGGAGCUUCCCAAGAGGGAUUAUUCUUAUUAGGUAAAACUGCAUGUGAAACUACUUCUUACAUUGCCUUUGUCUUCCCUUUAAGUUAUGUAACCAUGUAAUAUAUUAUUAGUUGAUCUCCUUGGUCAAUUUUAUCCAAUUUCUAAGUUUUUAAUAUUUAUAUAAUCACUCUCAAAGUUGU